AUGGAUCCAAUUUUUCACAGUGAUGCCGAUGGUAACUUCCUCCAAAUCGAUCCGUGGAGUGAAGGCAGCAUCCCCAAUUUGCCUGCCGAUACGUCAGAACAAUAUCGUCUUUGCGAUUCUUUCCAUCAUAACGUGUUUGACUUCGCAUCUUCGGACAGCACGACACAUACGACGCCAUUGUCUGUCUCCGGCUCCGUCGAUCAAGUAAAACAUCACGCCCUGCCAAUUCGCGACACUCGCGAUUCCAACAUCAUGUAUACACCUGCACCUUCAUCAGAACCGGAGACGACUCCUUUCCAAGACAAAGAUUCCAGAAAGCAGGAGACAGCAGCAACGGACUACUGGAGUGGAGCCAACCCAUUUUCAGAGACGGAAGAGGGAGGGUUUUCGCCAGCUGCAGACUUUGACGAGGGAAACAUGACUGUUCGCAUGAAUGGAGGCGUUGACUACAAAAGACCAAACAGUCCUUCACAAGUCGUCAAGGUCAAUCAUUCUCCUGAUCUGACAUCAAAUUGGACAUGGACUCACGUAUGGGAGACUUCAAAUGGGGAAAGUCUCGAGAAUCGGUGGGAGUCUCAACGGAAGCGGCCUCUCAUCGAGCCUGGCAACCAAGCGUGCGGAUGGAACUGCCCGAUCUGCAACCAACGACUGAAGCGACGAGACUACAUCAAACCACAUGUGAAGCGAAAGCAUCGCGAAUAUUAUGAUGCAGUCUACUGCACGCCGCGUUCCACCCCAGAGCGGUCAAUUGCUGCACCCGGAAAUUGCCCCUCUAAUCAUGAUGAUCAUUUGGCUUCUGGACUCCUCGAAGGUGAAGAAAGGCUGCCUCCAAUGGUCUUAUGGGACCCACAGUUGAACAUCCAGACCCCAGACUCGUUUCAGUCUGAUGUUGCUUUCCCAGAGGGUAGUAUAACGCCUCAGAAGAGGUCCCUCGACAGUAUUUCCUCAGAUGGUCGGGAUAUUUUAGAUGGCUCGGAAAACGAAUCAUGCUCACGCUUGAAGACCAGCCACGACAGUCGGGGGCGAUCACUAGCGUGCCCCUUCUACAAACACUACCCAUUUCAACACCGAAAGUGCUUGGCACUCUCGUUGCGACGGCCCAAGGAUGUGAAACAGCACAUCUAUCGGUCUCACACGAAGCCCGAGUUUUAUUGUGCCAGGUGCUACCAUAUUUUCCAUAGCGCCACAGAACGCGAUACACACUGGAGAGAGAGCUUGUGCGACAGGCUGGACAGCCCCACGUUGCUACAAUUCCAAGGCAUUACCGAGGACCAGAGGAAAAGGCUGAACGAGAAAUUACCCCGGGAAUUGGCCGUGGAGGACCAGUGGUUUCAGAUCUAUACCAUCAUUUUCCCCGACUGUGCGCUUCCAAGAUCGGCAUAUGUUGGCAAUUGCCUGGAGGAGAUGGUGCCUUUGCUUCGAGAGAAGUGGGAUACACAAGGCUACAAGAUCACGGCUCGGGCCGUGGGCGACUUGGGUCACGAUCAGCUGAGCUUUGCUAUGGACCUGUUCUUCAGAAGUCUAGAAGGCGAGGCGUUUGAACAUGAGACCGACGACAACUCGAUCUGCACAGUACCCGAGCAAUCUCAGAUGGAGGAUGAGGGCCCGCUGUCUAUAUGGUCUCUUUUAUCCGUGUAG